UCUAAAAUGGCCGAUCCACAUGUCAGUAUAUGGGGCAAGGAAUGCUGGGAAGGCGGGAAGGGAGGUAGACAUGAUGACCCUGAAUCACAUGCAGGAUGUAGCCAGUCACCCCUGUGAUGUCACAGCCCUAUAUAAUCGGCAGCCAUCUUGCGGACAGUCACUUCAUUAUAUUACACUGCAGAAGGAUCAUAGGACGCAGAGCCUGUGUGUGUUACAGCAGAGAAAAGCGCAGUCCAGCAGCGUUUAACAUCCUCCUAGUAACAUCAGAUAAAAGAAGCGAUCUGAUUGGUUGCUGUGGGCAACUCAGCAACCAGCAUAUUCAUCUAUCCUGUGGAAGCAUUCGGUUCUAUAGAGAAAACCAACAAUCUGGAGAAAUCUCUGCUCUGUUCUGGAGAUCUCAGAAUGUCUGCAUCAGGAUUCUUACUUCUGCUCAUAUCUGCCAUGAUCGGAUGUGCAGCUGCACAGGAAUCAUGUAUUAUAUCUGAAGCGGACAUGAAAGAAAAUAAUAUAAAGCUAAGGUGGGGAAAUGUUAAAACUGUUCCAAACUAUGGCGUUGUAGAAUUCGUAUGUAAACCUGGAUAUGACCAUCUCUAUUACACCAGCAUGAGAUCUUUGUGUGAAAUCGGAAAGCUUAAUUAUCCAGAAUGCUUCAGUACUGAAGAGGAGUGUGGUGGACCUGUUGAGAAAAGAAGGGAAUGUGGAUAUAAUGGAGUUAGCCAUGACGAAUGCAGAAGUAGAGAAUGCUGCUAUGAUGCCAGUAAUCCUAAGGCCAUCAAGUGUUUCUAUAAAAAGUCACAAGACGAGGCCCAGUGCGUUGCGAAACCCUUUAGCAACAAACCAUGCGGUGCACCUGUAGCUAACGCCAGAGAGUGUUAUGACAGAGGAUGCUGCUUCAACUCAACUCUUUCCAGAGACAAAUGGUGCUUCGCUGCAGAAGAGCUAACACAUGAGUGUGGUGGAUCUCUUUAUCUAAGAAGGGAUUGUGGAUUUCCUGGUAUUACUCUAUAUGAAUGCACAAGGAGAAACUGCUGCUAUAACUCUCUUCUUUCUACUGAUAAAGUGGAGUGGUGCUACCACAAACAGACAUCAAACAAUAUCCAGUGCGCUGUGAGACCCUUGGACAGAAAAGCAUGUGGCCGCACCGGAAUUACUGCCAAAGAGUGUUUUGACAAAGGAUGCUGCUUUGACCCAAGUAUUCCCGGAGGACAAUGGUGCUAUUCUCCAAAAGAGCUAACGUCAUGUGUACCAACUGACGAAGAGAUGGACGAAAAUAAUAUAGUGCUAAAGGUAUCUGAAGAUUUCAAAAUAACGACUACAUAUAUAGAAUUUGAAUGUAGAUUUACAUACAAAGUUCCUCCUGACACUGACAUGAGAUUGAUUUGUAAAAAUGGAAAGAAGCAGUUUCCAAAAUGUUUCAAAAAAGAAUAAACCUCAACGAGAUCUUGAUGGCCGCACGUGACAUGAACCAUCUGAUUCCCUGUGACACAUGUGUCACCAGCAAAAUACAUGAGAAAGAUGCCUACAAUUACAAAUGAAGAAAAAUAAAAGUUACUCACUAGAGAUGAGCAAAGU